AUGGAAAAAAGCGUACUAUGUCAAGAUAUCUUUUGGUCAAGUGAUGGCACCUCAUUUGUUUCUGUGCAUAAUGAUUUUGGCAUCAGACAGUAUUUAGUGCCGGAGGAAACCGAUAUGAACAAGGGGAAGAAGAACUUGCUGAUACCAUUUAGUAGGUUUUUCAGGAAUCAAUCUAUCGUUUCAUGUGCAGUAGACCCAUUUUACUCACUUUAUGGCGGGAAAUCGGGCGAAGUUGCUAAUGACAGAAUCGUAAUCGCAGGAAAAAACUUUCCUCUGCAAUUGUACUCUAUAAUGGAUGGGCAAUGUAUUGCAAGCUAUGACACAACGAAUGAACUAAAUGGGGAAUACGAGACCGCGUACAGUAUGAGAAUAGAUACCGAAGCGCAUAUAUACACUGGCUCACACCGUAACAAAGUGGCUAUAUACGACAUGAACAGGCGAGAGGCCGUGUGGAUGCACCGGAGUACCAAAAGAGCAAGCAAGACAAGACAGAGCAUCAUAUCAUGUUUUGAAGAGUACCCAAUAGGAGGACAAAUUCUUCCAAGAGAAUCUUUACUGUGUGGCAGUUAUGCCAAUGAAGUAUUUCAAGUGGAUUCUCGUCGCCAACGACUGGAGAAAAUAAACUACGCCCGCAGAACUCCGGGGGGCAUUGUACAAAUUCUCGCGAGCGACAACGGACGUUAUGUCUAUAUUGUUAGACGCAACAGCGAUGCAAUAUAUGUCUAUGACCGGCGGAACCUACAGCGUGAGUUGAACACAUUGGCUCUACCCUUUCGCAUCCACAAUAACUUCGUCAAAUCUAAAGCAUAUAUAGAUAUGACCUAUGGCCUAAGCAUUGGAACACCCCAGGGAACAGUAUUGAAUUGGGGUCGUGACGUUGUGGAAUUCGGAGGGAUCUGCUCAUACCACAAAAUGCAAGAUAUGGUACCUACUUCUAUCCAGGCAGAGUCAAAAUGGCACGGUGAUUUUGACUCUGAUGUCCCUGUCACGAUAGUAGUGAAAAACUGUCCUGGUGAUCCUGGACUUUUGGCCCUGGCUCAUGGGGGAACAAUUUCAUUAUCCAGGCUCGGCGGCUAA